AUGAUAAAACGAUAUUUGCUACUAAUAUUAUUUGUUUUUAGUCCUUAUAAGUUGUCGGCUCCCCGUCUUAAUGAGACUGAAAGUCCGGAAGAGCGUAUAGUCCAUGGAUACGAUUGUUCCACAAACGAUUAUCAAUAUUUCGUUAAAGUGGAGUCCAAAAAAUCGGAUGACUUCAAUAUGCUAGGCGGCGGAGCGCUGAUUGGAAUAAACUCUGUACUAACUUCAAGUAUUGUUACUGACUUGUUAGCCGAAUUUGGCAUUGACAAUUCUUGGAUAAUAGCAUCAGCUGAUGGUGAUUCUCGGAAGGUUAUGAUUAUAGGAAAUUUUACUCAUCCAUCAGGCGGAGUUGCCGUUCUGAAAUUAAAAGAAUCAUUACGAAACAUCAAAUUUGCAACUCUUCCCAAUCGGAACGAUGAAAAUUUUUUUAAUAAAUGCGCGUCAGUUUUAAUCAUGGGAUAUGGACGCACAAAAUUUGGUAUCGGUCAUGGCGAUUUGCCAAAAACUCUACAAUGUGGUGCUGCCACAACAAUACCUGGUAAAAAGUGCAUGGAACUAACGCAGGAGUCGCUGGAGAAGUCGGCGGAUAGUGAAAUACCUGAUGAUGAUGAUGUUUUUUGCUUUUCUAUCGAUAAGUUCGGGCAUCAAUCUGCCCCAUCUUUUCCCGACUUUGGAACCCCGAUAAUAUGCAGUGAUGUCCAAGUUGGUAUUAUUGGUUACUUCGAUCCCAAUGUUCCGGGAAUGGUUUUUAAUGUUAAAGUACAGCCCUUUUUGGACUUUAUCGAGGAGCAUAUGAAGAACUGUUGCACUGCCGUUUAUUCUGGCUUCAUAGUAAUCACCAUAAUUAUCUUUGGAUUAUAUUAUACCUACUCUACUGUACAGUUUUAA